CCCCAUCUGCCUGUCCAGGCUACCCCGGAGCUGGUGCCCACACAGGCAAGCCACCAGGCCACAACACCCACCUCACCUCCAGCUCCUUCUGGGGAAGACAGCUGAACCAUGUCUGUAAGCAGUGGACCAAUGGGAGCAUCCCUGACCCAGGAGAUCCUCAGCUCGCUGGGCCUUGCCAACAAGACAGCAGCUUGGGGGACCCUGGGCACCCUCAGGACUUUCUUGAGCUUCAGUGUGGACAAGGAUGUUCAGAAGCUGCUGAAGGCCAUUACAGGCCAAGGUGUGGACCACAGCACCAUUGUGGAUGUACUGACCAACCGGAGCAGAGAGCAAAGACAGCUCAUUUCUCGAGCCUUCCAAGAGCGUACCAAACAGGACCUCCUGAAGUCCUUGCAGGCAGCACUGUCUGGCAACCUGGAGAAAAUUGUGGUGGCUCUCUUACAGCCUGCAGCCCAGUCUGAUGCCCAGGAAUUGCAGACAGCCUUGAAGGCCUCAGGUUCUGCUGAAGAUGUAGCCUUGGAAAUUCUGGCCACUCGAGCAGCACCCCAACUGCAGGAGUGCCUGGCUGUAUAUAAACACGAUUUCCAGGUGGAGGCUGAGGAAGAUAUCAGAACUGAGACCAAUGGCAUCUUGCAGGACCUGCUUCUGGCCCUGAGCAAAGGGGGCCGUGAGAGCUACUCUGGAGUCAUUGACUACAACUUGGAAGAACAAGAUGUCCAGGCACUCCAGCAGACCAGAGGAUCCAGUACAGCAGGUCAAUGGGUCCUCAUCUUUACACAACGCAGCCCUGAACACCUCAUCCGAGUGUUUGAUCACUACCGGAGAUGCACUGGGCAAGAAUUAGAGGAUGCUGUCCGCAACUGUUUCCACGGAGAUGCUCAGCGGGCUCUGCUCAGCCUGGCUUCCAUAAUGAGAAACACAGCACUGUACUUCGCUGACAAACUCCACCAAGCCCUUCAGGAAACUGAGCCUGAUUUCCAGUACUGACCCGCGGUCCUUGUCUCCCGGAGCGAGAUCGAUCUUCUAAGCAUUCGGGCUGAGUUCAAGAAGAAAUUUGGGAAAGUCUCUGUAUUCUUC